UCCCCUCUCCUCGUCCCCUCUCCCGACUCCUCUCGUCUCUCGCCUCUUCGCCUCUCUUCUCUUCUCCUGCCUGCCCCUCCCUCCUCGCGCUCCAUCGACAACGAGCACCUCGUCUUGUUCUUGGUCUUGGCUUUUGGUGUGGCGACGUUGGGUAGUGUGAUUAUCUUGUUCUCGCUGGCAGGAGAUGGCCUGUACGCAGGAGAACGCCAUGGCAACCGACGAAAGCACGGCGGAUCAUCGCGGGAGUCGUCCGAGUUCCCACGACAUGGAUUUAUCAGGGGAUGACCACGUGCCAAAGGCACGCAAGCCGUACACCAUCACGAAGCAGCGGGAGAAGUGGACCGAGGAAGAGCACAAGCGCUUCCUGGAGGCCCUGCAGCUGCACGGCCGCGCCUGGCGCCGCAUACAAGAGCACAUAGGCACCAAGACGGCAGUGCAAAUCCGGAGCCACGCGCAGAAGUUCUUCUCUAAGGUCACCAGAGAGUCGUCCGGGAGCUGCAGCGGCUCGGGCGCCGCGGCCGCGACGGCGACGGCGGCGAUCCAGAUCCCCCCGCCGCGGCCCAAGAGGAAACCGACGCACCCGUACCCGCGCAAAGCGGACGACGGCGCGGCGGCCGGCGGUAAGCACGCCCCGGGGCUCACGCAUCUGGAGAGGCCUCCCGUGCGGAUGGGCGAGCAGGAGGAAGGGUCGCCGACGUCGGUGCUGACCGCGUCGCGGGUCGAGGCCUCCGGUGGCCGCUUCUCCUACAACUCCAGCGGCAGCAGGUCGCCGGUUCCGUCGGCCGCCGGCUCCCUCUACGGCUCGUCGGUGGACAGAGGGGACGGCUGCCUCUCGCCUAAUACGACUAAGGCUUCAGAGUUCACUGCAAAUGGUGAUGUCAAAGAGGGGUCAUGUACAGGAUCAGCGACAUCAGUCCUUAAGCUAUUCGGCAAGAAAGUCGUGGUGAAUGAUUCAUUCCAGAAGCCGAAUACCAGCACCGGCAACCCGCAGAAUGGUGGCGACGUCGGAACUGAAGCUUCAGACGAUACAACCACACAAGGAAGCAGAAACCUACCUUCUGGCGGUGCCACAGAAGGAAGCUCAUGGAAUCCAUGGCCGAGCAGCAUGCAGCAGUUUGUGUAUUUUGUUCCUCAACCGGAUGGUUUCGCCACACAAUCUGCGGUGCCAUGGUUUGGCACCCUGCCUGGUGCAAUGUUCUACCAGCAAGCCAUGGCUCCAAAUCAGCACCAGCGCCAUCGCUCAGAGACCGCAGACCACAAGUUCAUGCAGAGGGAAGGAUCCUGGACAGGAUCAAACACUGGCCCUGGAUCAGCUGCGCAUAAUUCAGAUGCUGCCGACUCCCGAGGGAGAGGAAACAGCAGUGAGAGCGACAAAACGCCUGUGCCGCGGUUAACAAAGUGCGAGAGCUCUGUUUCGGUCAGUCUGCAAAGAGGUUUCAUGCCAUACAAGAGAUGCGCGGCCGAGAGCGAAUCGCUGCGGUCGGAGGCGCCCAGAGAGGAGACCGACGGUGAGUUGACGAGGCUGUGCUUGUGACAGCCGAAGAUUCGACACGCUCUUCACAGUUUAGAUGUUUGCUAGUUUUGCUCUAGACUCUUGAGCUGGUGGUGUGAUCUGCAGUGGGAAGAAGCGACCACUCAUCCUGCUGGUUUUGCCUGUCGGUAUGUCGCACUUCUCCGAAGCAGCUCGAAGCCGCAUUAGAUUGAGCAUUUCUGGUUCUUGCUCGUGAAUAUAUAUAGUUGGAAUAUGUAGUAUCCAUGUUUUUGUUCUCUACAGAGUGUCUCUGCAGUUUUUCCCCCAAAUCGGGAGGCUCAGAGUUCAGUGUUGUUGCCUGUAUCAACCUGGGCCUGAGAGAGGGUUGUCGUAGUCUUAACUGCAUGUUGUAAGCUAGGCAGGCUUGUAUCACUCUGUAGUCUGCAUUCUGUAAAACAUAUGAUAGGCAGAAGACGAACAAAAACGUCGAAUGCUCUGUAUAUCUAAAGUAUAACAUAAUAUACCUGGACUUGGGUCUGUGCAUUCAUCUUC